AUGACGCACCCUUUGGAGGACAUGCAUGUGACUUUGCCGGUGAACCUGUCGGCGCCGUUCGAGGUUGACAAACUUCUGGAAGUGCGCACCUCGGGGAUGAAGAAGAUGGCAGGCUUGAACAUCGAAUCUGGCAUCGACAAGAAACCUUGCCCUGGUCCCAUGAGAAUCACGAAGCUCGGACUGGAAGGGGACGAGCAUGAUCCGACCUUCCACGGCGGCCUGGACAAGGCAAUCCUUGGAUAUUGCUCGUCGCACUACGACGCCUGGCGACAGUCGUAUCCCGAGCGGAGCGACAGGUUCGUCCCCGGCGGCUUCGGUGAAAACUUCGUGACGGCCUGCAUGAACGAGCGAAACGUCUGCAUCGGCGACAUCAUCGCCGUCGGGCCCGACGUUCUUCUUCAGGUGUCCCUCCCUCGACAGCCGUGCUUCAAGCUCAACCACCGCUUCUCCCUCAAGAACUUUGCGCCCGAGACGUACCGGACGAGCCGAACGGGCUGGUACUAUCGGGUCAAGCGUGAAGGUACCGUCCGCGUCGGCGACGAGCUGCGCCUCGUCGAGAGAGCUUGGCCGCAGUGGACCGUCGCCCGCGUCCAGGAGUACCUGCACCGUGACAAGGAUAACCUCGAGAUGAACCGACAGCUCGCCGAAGUCGACGCGCUAGGCGACGAGAGCCGAGGCCAGUUUCGGAAGAGGGUCGCCAGGGCGAUGAGCAAGUCCAAGCCGGCCGAGGAGGGUUUGUGGAAAGACUACAAGAUCACGGGUCGCAGGAUGGAGACGGCGAGGGUCGUGUCGCUCGUCAUGGAGGCCGUCAAUCCGGAUCCCGAGUCGGACAUCUCCCUCCUCGGCGCGCAUGCGAGAAUGAAGCUUCCCGGUGGCCUCGUCCGAUCCUACUCCGUCGUCGCCGGCGGAGAAGGGGGCGCCGGCAGCCCCAAUACGCUCGAGUUCGGCAUUGCGCUCGCGGAAAACAGCCGAGGCGGCUCCCGCCACCUGCACGAGUCAGCCAAGGUCGGUGACGUCUUGCAAGUGGGCAGGAUAACGGCGGCCAUCGGGCUCGCCAGCGCGGCGAGCAACCACUGCUUCAUCGCAGGGGGCAUCGGCCUAACGGCCUUCCUCGCGCUCAUCCAAGGCAUGCAUUCGAUCCACUUCAACUACCGGCUCCACUACGCCGUACGAUCGGAGGAGGAUAUCCCUUUCAAGGGCCGGCUGGCGGCUUUCGGGGAGAACGUCGUCCUAUAUGACAAGUCCAAGGGCGAGAGGAUGAACAUCAAGGACAUUGUCAAGUCGCUCACCUGGAACAGUCACCUCUACGUCUGCGGCCCCGAGCGAAUGAUGGAGGCGACAAAGGUGGAGGUUGAGGCGAGUGGCAUGCCGCAGAAUGAGGUCCACUACGAGGCCUUUGCUGCCGACGUUUCCGGGGACCCGUUCGAGGUGGAGCUGGGCGGCCUCCGAAAGGGGCGCGUCCUGAAGGUCGGUGCCGACGAGAGCUUGCUGGAGGUGCUGCAACGCGAACGGCCAGACUUUCCAUCCAGCUGCGAGGUCGGGAACUGCGGCACCUGCAAGGUCAGGGUCACGAGCGGGUGCGUGGACCACAGAGGCACGGCACUUCUGCCCGAGGAGAAGGAAACAUCGAUGCUGUCGUGCGUGAGCCGCGGGAUUGGACGCAUCACAAUAGAGAUCUAG